AUGGCAGCACUCUCCACCCUCCCUCCCCACAACCUCACCGCCCUUACCUCCUCCAUCCUCUCCCUCGCCGGCACCCGCCGCCGCUGCCUCUCCGCCCUCCUCAACUCCCCCGCCGCCUUCUCCUUCACCCUCUCCCACCUCCACUCCCUCUCCUCCCUAAAAAAACGUACCUCGUCGACAAACACCUCCUCUCCUCCCUCCACCACCUCACUUCCCACUUCUCCUCUCCCCCGCUGUCGUCGCGCGCCGCCUUCCACCACCACGACGCCGACACCGCCCUCCUCCUCCUCCUCCUCUGCGACCUCCUCCACCGCCACCCGGACCUCCUCGACGCCACCCCCUACAAGCACUGGCGCCUCGCCCUCGCCUCCCACUACCGCACCGGCUCCGUGCUCUCCCACUGCGAGAUCGGCGUCUUUUACAGCGGCGUUUUGA